UGUCAAGCAUCUCCCGGGGGACGAACAUGGAGAAGAAAAUGCCCGAACAGCCAGUUUUUCUGAGUAACGAAGACGUUACACGUCUUCUUACUUACGAAGACUUGGUCCCGCGACUGGAGCUGGUUAUGGGAGGGUUUUCCCGGCGUUCAGGUGAUGUGGUGCAGCCCGUGAGAUCUGAGCUCCUGAUACACAAUCACAGCGGGUGUUUUGGGCUGAUGCCUGCAUAUAUUGCAUAUGAGGACACUUUGUGCACGAAGUUGUUGGUUACCUACAGACGGCCAGAGAACUUGAACUUACCAUCAAUAGAAGCCACUGUGUUACUUUUAAACCCCGUGUAUGGCAAUGUCACAGCGGUUAUGAAUGGAAAAGAUAUUACUAAUAAAAGGACAGCGGCUGUGUCAGCCAUUUCUGCUAAACUGUUGAUGCCAGCUCAGUCAGACGUCUUGUGCAUCCUUGGCUGCGGACAACAGGCUGUCGGCCAUUAUGAAGUUUUCACAAAGCUUUUUUCCUUUAAAGAGGUGCGUGUGUGCAGUCGGAGAUUAGAGACUGCCGAGCGGUUUGCUGCAAGUAUUCAGGGUCCUGUUAAAGUAUUUUCAUCUGCCAAAGAUGCAGUGCAUGGAGCAGACCUCAUCAUUACAGUCACUAGUUCUAGUGAACCAGUGCUGUUUAAGGAGUGGGUUAAACCCGGUGCUCAUAUAGCAGCGGUAGGUGCUUGUCGGGCAGACGCUAGAGAACUCGAUGAUGCACUGAUGAGAGACGCUGUGAUUUACGUGGACAGCAGAGAGGGAGCAGCACUGGAGUCUGGAGACAUCAUUCUGACUGGGGCAGAAGUAUUUGCUGAACUUGGAGAAGUUUUAAAUGGAACUCGACCGGCCUUGCGCGACAAGACGACAGUGUUUAAGUCACUGGGAAUGGGGAUACAAGAUGCGGUCGCUGCUAAGCUUGUGUUUGACAAGUGGAAGAGCAGCCAGUAAAGUAUGUGACAUGAAGUGCCAACGGGUGCAGAGAAUAACUUUAAUGUCUCAAAUGAAACACAAGAGGACAUGAAGUAAACCUUGGUUUGACAAUCAAUCAUGACCAAGGAGACUGACUUCAAAGGAACUGAUUAACACUUGUAUGAAAUCAGUUAAGCUUGAGGACACAGAAUAUUGUGAAUAAACAGUAUUAUUAAAAUGUGGAAAUAUAUUUCAAACACAAAAAAUGUUACACAAGGCCUAUUAAUAAAAAAUACUAAUACAA